AUGGAGAGGAAAAGCAUUCAUUGGGAUCUCGUAGAGGAGAUACUCUCUAGGGUUCCCGUUAAAUCUGUAGCACGAUUAAGAUCAACAUCGAAAGAAUGGAACACUCUGUUGAAAUCUGGGAGCUUUGCUAAGAAACACUCUGCUAAUGCACCAAAGGAGUCUCUGACCAUCAUGCUGUUGGAUUCUAGGGUUUUCUUAGUAAAAGUCAAUCUUCAUGGAAUCCACGACGGUUUUGCUCCAUCUGUUAAGGUAGCAGGUCAAUUCAACCUUAGAGAUCCCUUUUCAAAACAUUCGCAAGUCCAUAUAGAUAACAUAUAUCACUGCGUCGAGGGCUUGUUGCUAUGCACCACAAACGAAAACAGACUACUUGUGGUUUGGAAUCCAUGUUCAGGGGAAACCAAGUGGAUUAAACCGAGAGAAAGCUACACUAAGUUCGACGAUUAUGCUCUUGGUUACGACAACGAAUCUUCUUGCAAAAAUUACAAAAUACUGAGGAUGAUUCGCCCAGCCUCCCUCCUUGUCAAUGAGUGUGAGAUAUACGACUUUGCCUCUGAUUCUUGGAGGGUUCUUGUUGUCACUAGGGAAUGGGCCUUAUCUUGUCGUGGCAUGUCUAUGAAGGGAAACUCUUAUUGGGUUGCUCAUGAUGGUACUAGGAUUUUCUUACAAAGUUUUGAUUUUUCAGCAGAGAGAUUUCAAACUCUGUCUCUGCCUCAUGAGUUUCCUUAUUCGUCAGGUGCGACUUUAUCAGUGGAUGGAGAAGAGCAACUAUGUCUGUUUGGUAGUUCUAGCAAUAACUUAGAUGUAUGGGCGACAACUAGACCAGGAUCAGUCAUGUCAUGGAGGAAGUUGUUAACUGUGAAAGGUGAAUUUCUGUUUUGGCAUAAUAUGAGUUUCUUGGCCGACGAGCAGAAGAAAGCUGUAGUAUGUUGCAACAAGUAUCGCCGCCCCGCCAAAAGCAAAUGCUUAGACAUUGUGGGAGAAAAUAAACACAUACAAGUGGAUCCUCUUGAUGGAGAUUCUUCAUGCAUAUCAUCAUAUUGCUCAGUUAUUCUUAAUUAUGUUCCAAGCUUGCUUCAUAUCUAA